AUGCUAUCAUGGUGGCCGUUUCAGCGCAGCAGCCAGCCGUUUACCUCCGCUAGCGUCGCCUCGCCAUCCCACUCGAGCGACGUUGGCGGUAGUGAUGCGAAGGUGCCGCAUUCUCGCAGUCUUAUGGAUACGGAGUCGUUCGAGAACGCGGCCACCGGCAAGGACCGAGGCUACGGUGACAGUGGCGUCCCGUACUCACAGUUUGAUCGAAUGCGUGAUGAGCAGAAGAUACGACGCCAUGGUGACGGCCGAGCUUCAACGAUGGACGUUGAGUCCAUCGACACGCUUGUGAAUCGGUUUGAAAAUGAGUUCCGCCAGGCUGACGUGCACAUGAAGGCUCGUGAGGCGCAGAGGUCGUUUCUACAGCGGUAUGACUACGCCAAUGAUCGACGCUACCAGCAGUGGAGGAUGGAGCAGAAGGAGAUGCGAGAGAAGCUGAAGAUUCACUGGCUGGACUUGAUGAUUGAUCAGCCGUCGGUUUGUCUCGUCUACUACUUGCGUGUGUGCACGACAGCGGGGUUUUGCUUUGGUGCCGGCCGGACUGCCUACCUGUACCGCACCAUGGACAAGACAUACGCAAAGUUGAACGGCGUCACGCUUGGUGGCAUCGCAUUCCACGAGAUUACGACGUCAGUGGCCAAAAGCGGGGUGGUAGCCCUGAUGGGCACCAUCGGCAUGCCGGUUGGCGACGCCUUGACGAGCUUGUUUACGAUGCUCUGGACAUGUGAUAUUUCCUCGCCGCAUCGCACGUGGUGGCACAUCCUGAACGCAAGCCUCUGCUCAGGCUUUCUCGGCGGAACGGCAUACGUUUGCUUCAACUACAAACAGCUCACUCCGUGGGGGGUGCGUGCACUACUGUCACUCUCUACCGGCUUCGGGGCGGCCGCAGGUUUGUACAUGGGCUACGUAAUUUAUCGGCCCUAUGCAGCCCAGCGGACACACGACUUGUAUGACCCGUACUGGCGCCCCUGGCAUACUCGUCAUCAGCGCGAUGCCGGCCCUUCCAAUAUGCGCGGCAAGUACCUCUGA